ACUGGUGGUCUGGCUGGUGCAAGCUCUGUUACUUUUGCAUGGGAAAGCGGGCUACUAGUAGCAGAGGCUCGAGUGUGUGUUGGUUUGCAGGUCUGGGCUAAAUGGCUUUUCCCGGGACAAUAUAUUAAUGCAGAGAUCCCUUUUGCUUUUAAUUUUCCCCCCAACGCUAAGCUAUUGCAAUGGUGGGAUUUAAUGAUAACGUGGUAGCAUUGCAAGAUCAGUUGUGUGUUUAUUGCAGUUAAGUUUCAAGAAUCUGAAUGUGGGGGAGACUGCAGAGAACUGAGUAUGCACUUCGGCUACCCGCCAGGAACAUGCAUCGGUUUGCAGUGCUUGCCAAGCAAACUGCGGCAAGCCCGGGCUGUAAAGGGCCAGGGUCCUGCAGGAAUGGAAGGAGAGACGUGUCUUUGCGAUGCAUUGCCUCGCUAGUGGAGGGGAAACAGCACCAGCAGCGCUUUACCCAGCGUACUCGCCCGCGGAGAGAAGGACUCGUACGUUGGAACAGCACUGCUGAGGCCUCUGCAGUGAAAAUCAACGAGAAGACGAGCAGGGAGAAAAUCCUGACGCUGGAGUCCAUGAACCCCCAGGUGAAAGCGGUAGAAUACGCCGUGAGGGGCCCCAUUGUCCUGAAAGCUGGCGAGAUCGAGAAGGAGCUGCGGAAGGGAAUCAAAAAGCCUUUUACUGAGGUCAUUAAGGCCAACAUUGGUGAUGCACAUGCAAUGGGACAGCAGCCCAUCACUUUCCUUCGUCAGGUGGUUGCACUUUGUACAUACCCAAACCUAUUGGACAGCCCAAGCUUCCCAGAAGACUCUAAGAGGAGAGCCAGACGGAUCUUGCAGGGGUGUGGAGGGAAUAGCUUAGGGUCUUACAGUGCCAGUCAAGGUGUAAAUUGCAUCCGUGAAGAUGUUGCAGCGUACAUUGAAAGACGAGAUGGAGAAGUUCCUGCAGAUCCAGAUAAUAUAUACCUUACCACAGGGGCUAGUGAUGGAAUUGCUACUAUUCUAAAGAUCCUGGUCUCAGGAGGAGGGAAAUCCCGAACUGGAGUGAUGAUCCCAAUCCCACAAUACCCCUUGUAUUCAGCAGCCAUAUCUGAACUAGAUGCCAUCCAGGUGAACUAUUACUUGGAUGAAGAGAAUUGCUGGGCACUAGAUGUGAAUGAACUUCGUCGUUCCUUGAAUGAAGCCAAAGCAUACUGUAAUCCAAAGGUUCUGUGCAUCAUCAACCCAGGAAAUCCCACUGGUCAGGUUCAAAGUAGAAAGUGCAUUGAAGAUGUUAUACAUUUUGCUUGGGAGGAGCAACUCUUUCUUUUGGCUGAUGAGGUUUAUCAAGAUAACAUUUACUCAGAAGAAUGUCAGUUUCAUUCCUUCAAAAAGGUUCUGUAUGAGAUGGGACCAGAGUACUACACCAAUGUAGAGCUAGCAUCCUUCCAUUCCACCUCCAAGGGAUACAUGGGCGAAUGCGGUUACCGAGGAGGUUAUAUGGAGGUCAUUAACUUGCAUCCAGACAUAAAAGGACAGCUUGUUAAACUUCUCUCUGUUCGCCUCUGUCCUCCAGUCUCUGGACAGGCAGCUAUGGAUAUCGUAGUGAAUCCUCCAGUACCUGGGGAAGAAUCGUAUGCACAGUUCAUUAAGGAAAAGGAGUCUGUUUUGAACAAUCUUGCCCAAAAAGCCAAGCUAACAGAAGACAUGUUUAAUAAAGUGCCAGGAAUUCACUGCAAUCCACUUCAAGGAGCUAUGUAUGCCUUCCCAAGGAUAUUUAUCCCUUCCAAAGCCAUUGAGGCAGCAAAGGCUCAUGAAAUGGCGCCUGAUUUAUUCUACUGUAUGAAACUUUUGGAAGAAACUGGAAUCUGUGUUGUACCUGGCAGUGGAUUUGGCCAAAGAGAAGGAAGUUAUCACUUCAGAAUGACCAUUCUCCCUCCAGCAGAGAAGCUGAAGAUUGUGCUGGAGAAAGUGAAAGACUUCCACAUACAGUUUCUUGAAGAAUAUGCAUGAAAGAGAUGCAGACUCUUCCCCUCCCUUCCCAAAGCAAAUGCAGAAAAUGAACAAUAUGUGCUGAGAAUGGGCUGUUCAUCUAGUUAACUGCAUUUACAAUAGAUAGAGCCCAUAUGUGGGCAAAAGUUACAACUCUUCCUGAACAAUUAAACCUAAUGUCUGGUGUGGGAGAUACUGCUAUACAGAGAUGGGUGGGAGGGGGAACAUGAAGAGGGAAGUUGAAGAGAGAGUCUAGUAGACUAUUUUGUGCCUUGACUGGAAGUUAUAUUCUUGACUUACACUUCUGGCCAGUUGGUUGUGGAGGAAAGUCACUUAUGAAAACUAUUGAUGAUAUUGCCUUCUACAAAGCAGAAAUGCAGAUACUCAACAUAUUUGCUCCGAAACAUCCAUUUCCUGUUUGAGAUUUUACCCAAAAAAAUCCUAAAAUCUACAUUCCAGGUGUGGUUGGGUUGUUGUUUUUUUUGAGUAUAAAGUGUUACCCAGAUCUGAUCGAAUUGGCAGUUGUUAGAAUAUUCAUAAAAAUCUUUGGUAGAUCAUUUUGUGUGACUAAGUUCUAUUGCAUCUGAACUUUACAUUAUUUCUAAAUAAAAUCUGAGUGGACCAC